AUGGAGUUCAUGAAUUCAACAUACCACGCUGCGGCGAACUUGCUACCGUAUGCAACACCAUCGCCCAAGGCUCACCAACUGGCCAGUUUGUCGCAUUCGGUGAUCAAGAUUGAUCCUUGGUCGGUGUUCGAUCGAUUGUAUACCAUGACCAUGGGAUUCUCUACCGAUGACUUUCGUUUCAUUCAAGGUCAAACUCCUCUAUCGACAUUCCAAGAGACCGUCACAUUUAUCACGACAUACUAUGCGGUCAUCUUCGGAGGUCGCGAGCUGAUGCGCAAUCGUCCGGCAAUGAAACUGAACAAUCUCUUCAUCAUCCACAACUUCUACCUCACGGCCAUCUCUGGGGGACUCCUCAUCUUGUUCGCCCAGCAACUUGUUCCAGCCCUGUGGAAGAAUGGUUUGUACGACGGCAUUUGUGGGACAACUGGCUGGUCGCAACAAUUGCUGGUUUUGUAUUAUCUCAACUAUCUCACCAAAUAUCUCGAGUUGCUCGACACCGUGUUCCUGGUCCUGAGGAAGAAGCCACUCACUUUUCUCCACACUUAUCAUCACGGCGCAACCGCACUUCUUUGCUAUACACAACUGGUCGGACAAACUUCCGUGUCGUGGGUUCCCAUCACUCUCAACUUGGGAGUUCACGUGGUCAUGUACUGGUAUUAUUAUCAAUCCGCACGAGGUGUCAAGGUGUGGUGGAAGCAAUACAUUACCAUGUUUCAGAUCACUCAAUUCGUCUUGGAUUUAGGAUUCAUCUAUUUCGCCUGUUACACAUACUUUGCCAACACAUACGCGCCAUGGUUGCCUCACACCGGCGCCUGUGGUGACCCGCGCCAGGAAGUUGCUGCUGCCACGGGAUGUGCUAUUCUAUCUUCGUAUCUGGUUCUCUUCGUCAUGUUUUAUCUGUCAACUUACAAGAAGCCAUCCAAGAAAACUUUACAGAAAACAGCGAGGACGGAAGUACCGACAAUCCCUGAAACCACUGAACUCGCAUCGGAGGUUCUGAAAUCGGCCACCACUGCCAUUGUUGUGACCAUGAAUGAAGAGAAAUGCAUACGAGCCUGA